GCCUUUAACCUGUCCCGCCGCCGGCUGUCUUGGUGCCCUCUCUGCAUCCUCAAUGUGUAGCCACUUUCCAGCCCAUACCUAGCUCCCUGGCCCGCCUGUGACGUAGCGAGCCACCACCCCCCAAGGCCAUCGCCAGCAUGGCCCUCUGGUCAAAGACCAAAACACAGUCCAAGGCUGGCUUCGACAAGGUCUACAACUGGGUCGACAAGCUCGGCGCCCCCGUCAACCGCCUGUCCAACCGGGUCGGCUCCGAGGCCUUCUGGCCCACGACGCUCGACAUUGAGGCCGACAAGGCUGCGCGCAUCCUCAAGAGUUUCUGCAAGGAUGGCUUCUACGAGGAAGAAGAGCAGCCUGCCACGGCAAACGUCCCCAACGGAAAGCAGAAGGUGCUCAAGAAAAUUCCCUCAUCCGUCAUCAAGAACGCCAAAGGCCUCUGCAUAUUCACAACCAUGCGCACCGGCUUCUGGGUCUCGGGGUCUGGAGGCGCCGGCGUACUCGUCGCGCGCAAAGACGACGGCACAUGGUCACCGCCCUCGGGCAUCAUGAUGCACACGGUCGGCGUGGGCUUUUUGGUCGGCGUCGACAUCUACGACUGUGUCAUUGUCAUCAACUCGGAAAAGGCACUGGACGCAUUCCAGACGGUCAGAUGCACGCUGGGGGGAGAGAUCAGUGCAGUUGCAGGCCCCGCAGGCGUUGGAGGCAUGGUCGACACCGAGGUCCACAAGCGUCAGUCGCCCCUCUUCACCUACAUCAAGUCACGCGGAUUCUAUGCCGGCCUCCAACUCGACGGAACUAUUAUUAUCGAGCGAACCGACGAGAACGAGCGCUUUUACGGAGAGCGCAUAGGCGUCAGGGACAUCCUGGCGGGAAAGGCGCGCCACACACCGCCCGAGACAAGGAGACUGAUGGAAACACUCAGGGCGGCCCAGGGCGACACGGAUAUCGACGAGUCGAUGAUCCCAGACGAGGCUCCGCCAGGAGACUUUGAGAUUACAGGCCCCGGCGAAAAAACGUUUGGCGUGCCCGACGCCAUCGACCCCGACCCCUACGGCGUCCUUGCCUUGCAAGAGGCCGGCAUGGAAAUCAGGGAGGCAGGGACUCACAGCCGGCCAUCGAGCGAGCAAUUUGAGUUCAAGCCAAGCCCGACGAGCCCCAUCUACAACACCUUCAGAAACUCUACCUACCGCAGGAGUAUGGAUCGAUCGAGCUUUGCCGGCAGUCGAAGGUCGAGCUGGCGCAUGAGCAGCAUCAGCAGCAUGCUCGAACCUCGAGCACCAACCGUCGACAUGAGCACGCAGACGGACGAUCUGCCUCCUCCGCCUCCGACGGCCAAGAAGACACCCCCAGCACUGCCACCCAGGACCAGUAUUGCACGUGCGCCUACCCCUCUCAUGAUAGACAUACCCGAGACCAAGAUUGAGCAAGCAACCCCGCCACGAGUAAAGAGCCCUGUCAAGCAACACGAAGAGGCUACUCCUACCGCAACCGAAGCAAAACCAGACAGGGCUGCCGAUGACAAAUCCAGCGGCUCGCCCCGGAACGCACCAUCACCUGACGAAGCAGACAAUGACGAUGAUAACGAGGACAACGAGGAUCUCGAAGAAGAGCCUGUUGUUCACGAGAUCCACCAGGCACCCGCCCCGCAGGCCAUUCGCGCACGCGUUGUGCAGGUGGCUAAGCCGGUUGCCCCGGCUCUGCCUGCGAGAAGCCCUUUCCGCAACCGCAUCUCAACCAACUCGGACGGCUCGCUCAGCACGGCGCACGAAACAUCGGCGGCGCCCUCGCCCACGGUCGCAAAGCAUAGCCCAGACUCGACGCCUUCGCUCGUGCGCGGAGACUCUACCUCGUCGCUGUCAUCGGUAGAAGACAGCAGGCUGGAGCAGAUUGGCAACCGACUCAAGCCAAAGUACUCGCACGAGGCGUCGCCAGAGACGGAAAAGGAGGCCAAGGAGGAAGCCUUCCACUCGCCCCCGGACUCGCCCAUCAAGUCUAUUCCUGGUGGUUUCAACUAAGACGCCCAUGUCGCCACGCUUAUGACGCUAAUUUUCAAUAUUUCCCAUGUCGUAUUUUCGGUGUUAUUGUUUCUGGCUGAAAAAGGCAGCCAUAAUCCCAAUACCCACAUCACACUAUUGUAAAAGUUUGCUCUGACAGUGCUUACUGCAUACUCCUGCAUCUGCCACUUCAGCUCGCUGGCCAAGCAAUGCGCCCAUUACCGCUUGCUUGCCCAGCCAGCCCAGAAGCAUCACCUCACCUUUAUUGUUUCCUUGUGCCGUUUGUAUUGGCUGCAUCCCUUCUUCCAGUCUCUACGAAUUACGACUUGAUUGAUAUCCGCAUUUUACUCUACCAUUUGCUCCUACACAGCGUUAGAAAUGUAGUACGACUUGGCCAACCAAGGAUGGAAGAAAUACAU